AUGGCCCCCAGAUAUUCCAGUAUCGCAGUAAUCGGUGCUGGGCCUUCUGGCAUCUCCGCUGUGAAAGCCUUAAGUGAAGAGAAUGUCUUCGAAAGAAUCCAAUUGUUCGACAGAAGAGAAGGCAUCGGUGGCACAUGGAUCUACGAUGAGCAGCCAGAACCAUUUUCGCCAUCUUCGGCGCAACCUGUGCGAGAGAUUCCAGCCAAGCUACCACAGUCACUGCCACCAGCAUCUGAAAAUGUCACAGCUCGGACAGGUCUCUAUCCCGCCUUGGACAGCAAUGUCGGCUCCCAAGUGAUGGCGUUCACCUACAAGCCGUUUCCGGAUGUGAACUCGGCCUCUUCCAUCAACCGCUUUGGCAAGAGGAACCCGACGCAUCCCUACGCGCAAGUCGCUGGCUACCUCGAGGAGAUUGCAGAGCCGUUUUCGCACUUGUUCACUUUCAAUACGCAUGUGGAGCGUGUAGAGAAAUUAGGCAAGAAAUGGCAAUUGACUCUUAGAAAAACUCAACAUUAUCUGAAGAACCAGAAGAGAGAUUACUGGUGGCAAGACACAUUCGAUGCUGUUGUUGUGGCCACCGGGCACUACGGUGUACCAUUCGUUCCGAAUAUUGACGGUCUUAAAGAGACUUUUGCUGCUUUGCCUCAAAGGUUUGAGCACUCGAAGGCUUACAGGUCUCCUGAGGACUACGUUGGCAAGAAAGUCGUUGUCGUCGGCGGCAACGUUUCUGCAUCUGACACAGUCUCAGAGAUUCACAGCAUCGUGUCUGGGCCCCUUUAUGUCUCGCAGCGAGGCUCUAAUGAAAUUCUUCAGGAUGCAUGGGAACUACCCAACGUCGUUCUCAAGCCGCAAAUCACACGAGUGUCCGUUGGAUCUGAAAACACCGUCAAAGUCAAAUUCUCGGACGGCAGUGAAGUCGACGGUAUCGAGAAAGUUCACUUCGGCACCGGCUAUCGACUUUCCUACCCUUUCCUGCGUCCCGAUCCCGUGACGCCAAGUGGGCGCCUCUCAGGAUUUUACCAACACGUCUUUAACAUCGCGGAUCCGUCACUCACAGUCGUUGGACAAGUCAAGGCGGCCAUCUCGUUCCGUGUCUACGAGUACCAGGCCGUUGCCGUGGCUCGCUAUUUCGCGAACCGGGGAGGCGGUCUGCCUUCUCCACGAGAGCAGGACGAGUGGGAAGUGAAGCGACUGCAGUACAAGGGGCCGACGUCCCAGUUCCACGAAAUCAAGCCCGACUUUUCAGAAUAUUUCGAGUUUUUGCGAGGUGUUGCCGGACCUCCUGCACCGGGCACGGAUGCUUAUGAGUUGCCUGCGUGGGAAGAUGAAUGGGCGUUGCUAGGCUUCGGCGUUUUGGCACUGAAGCAAAAGUGGUGGAAGGAGUUGAAGAGGAAGGAAGAGGAGGCAAAGAAAAUCCAGUCCAAGUUGUAA